AUGCCACAACAAGCGGAGGCCGCCGCCCUCUUGGUAUUCCUUUCUACCUUCACAGCGGCUGCCACCACAGCUAUGAGCUCUAGCAAGUUUAAACGGAGUCGGGCGAAAACGCAUAUUUGCGACAUUUGUUGGGGAGAUGAAGAUGAGUGUCUCUGUCACAAGUCGGCUGAGGAGCGCCAGGCCCAUGUCGCAAGCUUGCAUUCGAUUGUGAGUGGUAAGGUUUCGAUGAAAAAGACUAAGACAAGUAGCGUACUGGGCGCGGCGGCUACUACCACUGAAAGCAGCGCUAAUGAGGUCAUCGAAACAGCUAUACGGUGCAUCACCCAUGAUCGAGAUGCUUCUAAUGUCGAUUGGAGUAACUUCAUAAGAACCUCCAAGUACACGCCGCUAACCUUCCUACCACUCAACCUGUGGUAUCAAUUUCACCUCUUUGCGAACAUCUAUUUCCUCGCCGCGGCAGCUCUACAGUGCAUACCAUCAAUCAGCGACUCUGGAGGCCAGCCCUUGUUGCUCCUACCACUCAUCUUCGUCUUGGCUGUGGCCGCCAUGCGAGAUCUGGCUGAGGACAUACAGCGACACAAAAGUGACAAUAAGGAAAACGGCAGGAAAGUCAUUCGUGUUAUGCAGCAGCCAGACGCUCUUGGCAUGUACACAGAGGAGGUCACUUGGGCUGACCUUGGCCUUGGCGAUAUCGUCAAGGUCAAACGGGGUGAGGGGUUCCCCGCUGACUUAGUGAUGCUGAGCUCUGAGGACGAAUCGGGAAUGGCUUACGUUGAGACCAUGAAUCUUGAUGGGGAGACCAACCUCAAGCCUAAGAUGUGCAAUGUGGACCUUAUGAACGACAUUAACGAUGAAAAAGAUGCUGCUAACUUCAUGGCUGCUCUCACCUACGAGAGGCCCAACACUAAUCUGUAUAAAUUCGAUGGCGAGAUGACGACCAAGGGGAAGACGUACCCGCUGACUGUAGAUCAGUUCUUGCUAAGGGGCUCGACCUUACAGACUACUGCUUAUAUAUACGGCAUUGUGGUCUACUGUGGUGAUCAAACUAGGAUCUUCAGGAACUCUGCCGACACGGGUACUGGUCGCGACAAGUUGACGAAGCUGAUGGCAACCUAUAACCACCACGUUAUUACACUCUUCAUCCUGCAAGCUCUAAUCUGUAUAACCGCCGCAGUCGCCAAUGCUGUCUAUACCACUACUGAGGACGACUGGUGCCGUGCCCUUCACCGAGAAGGCCAGUUGAGUGGCUCUAUCAGGUAUCUCGAUGUCAACGCCCACGAGGGUAAGGAUGGUGGGGAAGUGGCCCUCGAUGCGUUGAAGGUUGUUGGCACUCUUCUACUACAGUUCACUUACUUCGUCCCCAUAUCACUACUGGUAAUAGGCUUCCUCCUUGUUUCUGACUGGAUUCUCUUGGCGCUCUCAGGUCUGGGGGCAACAGCCAAUAGCUCAACACUAGGAGAAGAGUUGGGUUCGGUUACUCACAUUUUCAGCGACAAGACUGGCACUUUGACGCAGAAUCUCAUGUUGUUCACGAGUGCGUGUGCUAUCGGCACUGGCGGCUCGGAGUCACCGCUUCUAGUGCGGCAGUCACAACAACAGGGAGAGCCUAUGGGAGAUACCAAACCACAUGCCGCACCCCGUGACCAUCAUGUUGGCACUGAUUUCGACAUAGACCUUUUCAAGAGGAUCGCACAUUCUAGCUCUGGUGUAGUGCGGCAGAGGUUCGUGGACUUCCUUAUUUGCCUGUCUGUGUGCCACUCUGUGUUGAUAAAGGCUGAUGAUGAUGACGAGGAGCAAGAGGAGGAGGAGGCGUCUGGACGAGGAGCUGUAGACGGUGCUCAUGUCCAUUCUGAUAAGCUGUACUCGGGACCUCAUCACUGUUCGGUUCGUUGGAUAUUAUUGUUACCUAGAUACGAUGCCUCUUCCCCGGACGAGUUGGCCCUAGUGGCCGGGGCACGCGAGUUGGGCAUGGAGUUUGCAGAGCGACCCACUGUGAACAGUGUUAGAGUCAACCUUAAAACCGACUUCGCCAAAGAAGUAGUUCUAAUCUCGUUUCCCGUUCCCGUGACGAGCCUUUUUCAGUUGAUGGGAGUCGACGCCAACUACCUGGAUUUCGAGCUCCUAGAAGUCAUAGAGUUUGACAACGACCGAAAACGCAUGAGUGUCCUCGUGAAGGAGAAGGAGCCGGCCAAUAAUUGCCCUCAUCCGCGCACUCUCCUCCUCAUCAAGGGCGCGGACUCCUCUAUGCUGGAUGUCGCAGUGCCGCUCUCGAAACACGAAGAUGCUGAGCUUUCGGAGACGUUGGGCACUCUAGCGGCUAAUGGUUUGCGGACCUUGGUCUAUGGUGCGAGGGAUCUCACAGAAGAUCAAGACUUCGUUAUCAAGUCGGUGGAGUCCGCGAGGGCCCUCAGGAAUCGACUCGCUGUAGGGGAUGAUAAGAAGAAGGCCGUACAUGAGUGCAUGUUGAGGAUGGAAACCAACGUGGAGUUGGUGGGCAGUACUGGUAUAGAGGACAAGCUGCAGGACCAAGUGCCUGAGGUCAUAAAGGAACUGCACUCCGCGGGCAUAAAACUGUGGGUGCUCACUGGUGACAAGAUAGAGACGGCUAUCAACAUUGGAUACAGCAGCAACCUCCUCACAAACGAUGUCUACAAUCAGAUUAUUGAUUCUACCUCUACUAGGGACAUCAGCGCGGCCUUGUGCGCUCUUAGCAAUCUCAUUGACUCUAAGUUGACCACACGAGCCGCCACUCUGGAUUGGGACAACGAGGCGGAGGCUAAGUUGGAGAAGGAGGGUGGAGGACGAGAGGACGUCAUGGCUAGAGAGGAACCGGAAAUGGCGAGUUUCCGGCAAGUGGCCAUCACGGUGUCAGGGGAUGCCUUGGCGGUUAUUCUGAGGCAUAGAGUUUUGCGACUCAAGUUUUUCCGUCUAGCGCUCACACACUGUGUCACCGUUAUAGCCUGUCGAGUGUCACCAAAGCAGAAGGCGGAUGUUGUGAAGUGGAGUGGAAGCUACCUGCCAGCCAACACUAUGUUAUCGAUCGGGGAUGGGGCCAACGACGUGGGCAUGAUUGUCGUUGCGGACGUUGGAGUCGGUCUCAACGGCAAAGAGGGAGCUCAGGCGGCCCGCUCAGCUGACUACGCAAUACCAGAGUUCAGAUUCCUCCGGCGCCUCCUUUUCCUGCAUGGUCGGGAGGCGGUACGGAAGAACUCAAUUUUCGUCUACUACACGGUUUACAAGAACGUUGCAUUCUCUUUGCCCACCUUCUUAUUGGGCUUCUAUUCCUUCUUCUCGGGGACUAACCUCUAUGACCCCAUCCUCAAGCAAGUGUAUAACGUCCUCUACACGGUCUUCCCAGUGCUUCUUCACGGCGUCUUCGAUCGAGACAUGCCGGUCUCGGUCCUGGCUAGAUGCGCCUUCCUGUACAAGUUCGGUCACCGUACCUUCGGCAACUUCGUCCUUGCUCGUUGGUUAUUCGGGGCCCUCUGGACGGCUCUAUGGUGCCUGAUUCCUCCACUGUUGGUGCUCUAUCCUGAGUCCUACCAUUGGGACGGCAAUACGAGCCCUUCUGACCACCAGGUUGGUCUGCUGGUCUUCUUCGCCAUGGUCCUUAUAUGCAACAUCACCAUGUAUAAGUUCACUAACGUGUGGUUUUGGUUCAUCCAUGGUGGCAUAUGGUUUGGCAUAUUCCUCUUCCUCAUCUGCUGGGCUGCUGGCUCUAUAUUCGGUGACCGGUUCGACGGCUCCUUCCUGAACACCCUCCUCACCCCUCCCGCCAUCGGCUCUCUUAUGCUCAGUUGUGGAAUGAGCCUGAUGCCUCUGGUCCUCCAACACCAGUACUACGGUCUGUUCUUCCCGUCCAACUCUCGCGUGGUCAAGGAACGCUUGCAGCUCGGGGCGCGGAAAUUGGUCGCUGUGAAAAAGGAUGAGGAGCAGCCAGAGUGGCAACCCGGUGGUCGCGAGGGCCCGAGAGGCAGCAGGGGCAGCCUCCUCCGCAAGACGAGGACCAGGAAGUCGCUCAUGUACACCUCGAUACAGGGAGCGCCGCCGCCGAAAGCGCUACAGUCUAUGGGGGGAUAUGGCUUCACUGAGAAUAGCAGUGUGGACAGGAUCGGGAGGUCUGUUGGUCCAACGUUGGUCACGUGUGGAGGCCAUCCUCGCCGUAGGUACUCUGUGGUGGAAAGCACCAGCAACCGUCCCCGUGCUUCACUACGGACAAAUCGAGCAUCGAAGCGCAACAGCCACCUCGUUACGCUGUCGGCCGGUGGCAUUCAGAAGUAG